AUGUCUGAUCCUCUCGAUCCCAUCUUUGUUGUAGUAUUCUUUUGCUGUAGUAUUCUUUCUCAGCUGCGUCGUGCACAUUCUCGGGACCUGAUCGACUUUGCUGGCUGGUACUGGCAGGUGGCGCCUGAACAGGGACUCGAGAAUCGGAGCACAACUACGGCCACUGCCCGACAAGGCAAUAGCUGCCAGUUAUUUGUACAUAUGUUGAAAACUAUGUUAAAAGGCAGGGGAAUUCAUGUAAAUAAGUUACAGUUAGAGAAAUUUUUACUUUUUGUAAAAGAAGUUUGUCCUUGGUUUCCAGAGAAAGCAACAGUUAGUCUGGAAACUUGGAAAAAAGUAGGAAAACAAUUGCAGACAUAUUACUCCUUACAUGGUCCCAAUCAUGUCCCUGUGGAUGCUUUUUCUUUGUGGACCCUCAUAAGAGACUGUCUGGAUCCUGAACAUGAGGGACAUAAGAUUCAAACGGUCCUCCGGGAUUCCACAGAACCCAAAGUUGCAGAGCCUUCCGUCCCUCCGCCUGAGCCGCUUUAUGCUGUAACCGAGGGAGCAGCUUGUAAGGCUGGAAGGAAUGAUGAUGUGUUAAGCUCUGAUGAACAGGAAGAAUUAGAUGAACAAGCAGCUCAGUACCAUAGAGAGGAUGUGCCUUGGGAGAUGAUGGUUGGCAAGCAACCCCCCUCGGGAAAAGGGGAAUUAAAGCAUUCAGGGCUUUCUGAAGAACAGCUGAAGAAUUUAAUUCAGAAAAUUGUUAUAGCAGUAAAAAGGGAUGCACAGGGAGACUCCCACUCCAGCCGGCCUGUGCCUCCAGCAUGUCCUCCCUCAGUUUUUGCUGGGCUCGACCCACUUCCACCUUUCAUAGAACUAAGUGAGAUAUUAUUAUCUCCUCUUCAACAAGCGAUUAAGCGAGCUAAUGAUGAAGGAGAACAUAGUCCCGGGUUUUCAGGAAUCUAUCCAGUAUUUGAAAAUGCUCAACAGCAGAGGUAUUAUGAACCGUUGCCCUUUAAGCAACUAAAAGAGUUAAAAAUGGCUUGUGCACAAUACGGCCCGACUGUGCCGUUUACUCAGGCUAUUAUAGAGGCUUUAGGAAAUAAAAAUCUGCCACCUAAUGAUUGGAAACAGGUCGCUCGGGCUUGUCUCUCUGGAGGAGAUUAUUUACUAUGGAAAUCUGAGUUUGCUGAGCAGUGUGGGAUCACAGCCGAUAUCAAUCGGUGACAGGGACUGAACACCACUUGUGAAAUGAUGGUGGGAGAGGGAGAUUAUCAAGACAUUAAUAAUCAACUUAAUUAUUUGCCUGGAGCCUACCCUCAGAUUAGUGCUGCGGCUCUACGAGCAUGGAAAAAACUUCCAAAUUCUGAUAAAAAGACCGAAGAUUUAUCUAAAAUUCACCAGGGGCCAGAUGAACCAUAUCAGGAUUUUGUUGCCAGCCUGCUUGAGGCAAUUAGUAAAAUGAUAGGGGAUGAGCAGGCGGGAAUGGUGUUGGCUAAACAGCUUGCUUAUGAGAAUGCCAAUUUGGCUUGUCAAGCUGCCCUGAGACCUUACAGAAAAAAGGGAGGCUUAUCCGAUUAUGUACGGAUUUAUGCCGAUAUUGGCCCUUCGUACAUUCAAGGCAUAACUUUGGCCGCAGCAUUACAAGGAAAGACAGUCAAAGAAGUACUGUAUCAACAACAAAAGCGAGAUAAGGGAUAG